CCUCUUAAGUAGCUAUGACGAAGGGUAGGAGUCAUGAUAUUUUGUUUGGCUAAGGUUUGGACAAGCAACACCAACCAAUAAUUUUUACGCCUUUCAAUUAUUUGAGUGAUGACUUUACAACUUAAGGAGCCAAGUUCAAGACUUUCCUAAUUGUCAUAUCAGGGCAAGCAUUACCAAGACGCAACAAUGUCCUAAAGGUUCUUAUCACAUGAGGAACAUUCACAAUAUAGCACUAGUAGAACUAAGCCUGAUCUAGCUCAAAACCUCAAUAAUAUCCUCCACUAUCGCCAUGGCCUCCCAAUCUCACCAGCUUCACUUCGUCUUGUUCCCUCUUAUGGCUCCAGGUCAUAUGAUUCCCAUGAUAGACAUUGCCAAAUUGCUGGCGCAGAGAAGCGUUCUCGUUUCUGUAAUCACCACACCCCAAAAUGCUAGCAGAUUUGGUUCAACAGUUGCUCGCGCUGUAAGAGCUGGACUUCAAAUUCAAUUAGUUGAAAUCCGUUUUCCAUCUGUAGAAGCUGGGCUGCCUGAAGGCUGCGAGAAUCUCGACACUCUUCCUUCACUAGACAUGGCCACAAAUUUCUUUGUUGCGCUCAAUUUAUUGCAGAAAGAAGUUGAACAAGUGUUUGACGAGAUGAAACCCCGGCCGAGCUGCCUGAUUUCAGACAUGGGCUUGCCCUGGACAACCCAAAUUGCUGAAAAGUUUCAUAUUCCAAGAAUAGUAUUCCACGGAACUUGCUGUUUCUCCCUUUUGUGUUCACACAACACAAUGGCAUCCCAGAUUCUUGAUACCUUAAACUCAGAUUCCGACUACUUUGAGGUGCCUAACUUGCCUGAUCGGAUCAAACUAAGAAAGUCCCAGGUUACAGGUUCCACAACUAGAAAGUCGGCUGCCUGGAAAGAUGUGGCAGAUCAAAUAAGAGCAGCAGAAAAGACAUCAUACGGGGUGGUGGUGAAUAGUUUCCAGGAGCUGGAGGCAGAGUAUGUGAAGGAGUACAGUAAGGUCAAAGGAGAAAAAGUUUGGUGCAUAGGUCCCGUUUCGUUGUGCAAUAAAGAGAGCCUGGAUUUGGCUCAAAGAGGAAACAGUGCUGCCGUUGACGAACAAAAUUGCUUAAAAUGGCUCGAUUCCUACGAACCCGGAUCUGUAGUUUACGCUAGUCUUGGCUCGUUAGCGCGACUGACAGUGCAGCAGAUGACGGAGCUUGCACUUGGUUUGGAGGAAUCAAAUAGGCCUUUCAUUUGGGCCUUAGGAGGAGACAAGUCAGGUGCAUUGGAGGGAUGGAUUUCAGAGAACGGAUUCGAGGAAAGAACUAAAAACAGGGGGCUUCUGAUUCGUGGCUGGGCUCCUCAAUUGCUGAUUCUUUCACACCAGGCGACUGGUGGAUUCUUGACGCAUUGUGGGUGGAACUCGACGGUUGAAGGGAUCUCGGCAGGGGUGCCAAUGGUGACAUGGCCACUUUUUGCUGAGCAAUUCUGUAAUGAAAAAUUAGUGGUCGAAGUGCUGAGGAUUGGAGUGAGCAUUGGCGUGGAAGUGCCUGUUAAGUGGGGAGAGGAAGAGAAGGUGGGGGUAGUGGUCAAGAAAGAUGAUGUGAAGAAAGCUUUAGACUUGUUGAUGGACGAAGAGGAAGAAGGAAAAGAAAGGAGAAGAAAAGCAAGAGAGCUUGGAAAAUUGGCGAAUAAGGCAAUCGAAGAAGGAGGUUCUUCUCAUGUAAGCAUGACAUUGCUGAUCGAAGAAAUUAUGGCCAAAGCAAACCAUGGAGGAUCAACAUGACAGACAACGUUUUAGUCUGAGUUGAAUGUUUCAAAUUUCACGAGCAUUCUUACAAAAGUUUGGUUUAACCGAAUGAUGUACAAGUAGAAACUCGAUUUGCUUUCACCAUGAAUUAUGUUCCAAGCAUUCCCUGUUCUUUUGAAUUACA